CUUUACAUCAAAGCCCUGAGCUGUUUCUUCUAAAAGACUAAGAUCAAACCAAGAUCACAAAAUCCUUAGGAGAUCAGAUCUUGCUGUCUCAGCAUCAUCAUUAGGAGAGAAUCUCUUAAAGAAAUAUAAUACAAUUAGUUAAGAGCAUCAAAGCUUUUUGAUGGACGAUUGUCGGGAGAAAAGAAGACGCUGUACGAAACUAAGAGUAAGUACUGAUAACAACGACAUGGAGAAGAUGAUGCAUAGAGAAAUUGAGAGACAGAGAAGACAAGAAAUGGCUUCUCUUUAUGCUUCUCUUCGUUCUCUUCUCCCUCUUCAUUUCAUUCAGGGUAAGCGUUCGACGUCAGAUCAAGUGAAUGAAGCGAUUAACUACAUAACGUAUUUAGAGAAGAAGAUCAAGGAGCUGAGUUUGAGGAGGGAUGAGCUCAUGUUACUGUCUAGAGGAACCCGCUUGGAUGAUUCGAAGGAUGAGAUGGAGACAAUGAAUCAUGUGGUGGUUCGUCAGUGUUUGGUGGGUGUGGAAAUAGUGCUUAGCAGUCGCUCCUGCCGUGGCCAACCGCGGCUUUCGAGUGUUCUUCAAGUUCUUAGUGAAAAUGGUCUCUGCCUUCUUAACUCCACCUCCUCUAUUGUUGAUGAUAGACUGAUUUACACUCUACAAGCUGGGGUCAACGAUUCGAACUUGAUUGACUUAUCAAAACUGGAAGAGAGAUUAACCAGAAUGAAGUAAAUGGUUUUUACUGUUUGUUAAAUGAUAUUCUGAGUGAUGUACAUGGUUGUUGAGUUGGUUUCUCUUAACUUGUCAAGCAACAACUAAUAUAAAUUACGUGGUUAGUUUAUUUGUAC